AUGGAUAGUACGAGGCUGAUAGUGGUUCUUGCUAUUUUAUUGAACACUUUGAUACCAGGACAGGCCUUGCCAACCGGAUGUAAACAGAAGCCAAACCAGUUGCGACAAUACACCCUCAAGUGCGAAGGUUUGUCUCUUACAAGCUUUCCAACGGGCCUGAGCACAUUUAGCUUCAUUUACGUCUCAGGAGACUCCACAACCAAGAACAACAUUCCGGUUCUAGAUCCCGGCGACUUUCAGGGCUUAACUAAGCUAUUUUCUCUCGAAAUAGCUUGGAGUCAGACACAGACUAUACAAGUUGGCACUUUUGCUGGACUUGGUGAGCUACACAAUCUGAACCUUGCCAACAACAACAUUCGGAGACUCACAGCCGACACAUUUAAAGGAUUGCCAAAGCUAAGGUCCCUCGACCUAUCUGGAAACAAAGACUGCGAGUUUGAUAGCACGAUGUUCACCAAUAUUGCUAUUUUAGAGGAACUCAAUCUCGGUGACAUGAAUCUAAGAAAAAUAGACAACAGUUUGUUUUCUGGUUUGAGGCACUUGAAAGUUCUAAAACUUCAAAUGAAUAACAUCAAGAAAAUCCAUCAAAAUGUUAUUCUCAAUAUUCCUUCCUUGCAAACCCUUGACAUAAAUGGGAACAAACUUCGAGGCAUACCAGUGGAGCUGAAAUCAAAAUUUCAAUCGAUGACACAAAUUCACAUCUCCGAGAAUCCCCUUCAGUGUAACUGUCAGCUUAUUUGGCUUCGUGAACUAGCUGAGCGAUUCUAUUACAGCAAAAAUGAUGCGAGCGCUAUCAUCUGUAAUGGCCCAGCAAAGCUGAAAUAUUCAUCGUUUGUCAAUGUGCCCGAGUCUGAAUUUGUUUGCAUUCCUCCCAAGGUUGUAAGAUGUCAGCAGACGACAUAUUCGCUUCCCGAGCAUCAACCGCUAACAAUCGAGUGCGAGUAUGAGGGCGAUCCUGAACCAGAAAUCAAAUGGAGGAGACCUGAUGGUCAGCUGAAGGAUGGGCGAGAAACAAAUGAUGGGCAAUAUGAAAUAACGGAAAAUGGCACGCUGAUUGUUCAUUCGGUGAACACUAUUGAUGAUGGCUCAUGGACUGUCACAGCAUAUAACAAGACCGCCUCGGAUGACCUCGCGGUUCCUGUUCAUGUCAUUUUACCAACAACACCAACCCUUACAAAGCCGACGACUACCACUAUAAAAACCACCCCUUCCCCAACGACACCAUCUACAACCACACCAACUACAACCACACCAACUACAACGACAAUACCAUCUACACAGAAAAGAACUACGACAAGAGGAAUAACAGUCAAUAAAUCUACGACAGCGCCCUUGUCAAGAACGCAACCUAAAACGCAAAAUCAUCAAUUACCAACAACAGCAACAGCAGCAACAACAAACCAGCCGGGAACCGAAAUUGAAAAGGAAACCUCUCCAGUGUCCAUGUCACCAGUCGGUGAUGAUAAACCCAAUGAAAACGGAAUCAACUGGAUCCUGAUGGCGGCUGCAGCGGUAGGUGGUGGUACACUAGUAGGAAUCGUUUGUCUUACUAUCAUGUGCUGUAAGAAAAAGCAAGACAUGCAUGAGAAGAAUAAAAUAGAACCUUUUGAGCUGGACAUUUAUUAA